GUGCCGCCAGGUUACUCGUGUUCUGCGUCGCUGGUCGUGGGUGCUCUGGCCGCAGUGAGUUAGGGGGACGUCGGGGGCGGAUUUCUCCAGCCCCACUCGGCUCCGUUCAAGGGGACGAGGAGAGCCCCUUCUCGGAAGGCCUAAGGAAACGUGUUGUCUGGAAUGGGCUUGGGGCCACGCCUGCACAUCUCAGCGAGACAGAGGGAUAAUGUGAAGAUGGUGUUGUUAUUGUUACCUCGAGUGUCACAUGCGAUCUCUUUGAGAUAUGUGCUCAUUCAUUCUUACUAUUGCACUCAGACUCAGCCAUUCUUACUGCGCUAAAGAAGAAAUACUUAUUCGAGGAUAUUUGCCUGGCCCAGAAGAAACUUAGGUAAAUUCAUGAACUAUUAUAUCCAUUUUCCUCGGAGUGAGAGAGAACUUUAGACACCAUCUGAGAGGUAAGAGACUGUUUUUCUGAAACUGUAGCUUGAGGACCACCUGCAUCCAGAUGACCUGCUGUGUUUAAAAUUCAGAGUCCCGAGCCUCACAGAAGAACUGGUGAAUCUCAAUCACUGAUUGAAGUUGAGAAUCUAAGAACCUCUGAAAUUUGAGAACUGCUGGACUAGAGCCUUUAGAGCUCUGAUAAAAGCUGACUUCUGAUCCUGUACUUUCUUUCUUCCCUUCCUUCCAUACUUAAUGUUUGGUAGGAGAGAUUUGUAUUAUGAAACGCUAAAACAACUGUUAAUUUGGCACCAUGGGGAUACAUGGCUUGCUACAGUUUAUCAAAGAAGCUUCUGAACCCAUCCAUGUGAGGAAGUAUAAAGGGCAGGCAGUAGCUGUGGAUACGUAUUGCUGGCUUCACAAAGGAGCUAUUGCUUGUGCUGAAAAACUAGCCAAAGGUGAACCUACCGAUAGGUAUGUAGGAUUUUGUAUGAAAUUUGUAAAUAUGUUGCUGUCUCAUGGGAUCAAGCCUAUUCUCGUAUUUGAUGGAUGUACUUUACCUUCUAAAAAGGAAGUAGAGAGAUCUAGAAGAGAAAGACGACAAGCCAAUCUUCUUAAGGGAAAGCAGCUUCUUCGUGAGGGGAAAGUCCCGGAGGCCCGAGAGUGUUUUACCCGGUCUAUCAACAUCACACACGCUAUGGCCCACAAAGUAAUUAAAGCUGCCAGGUCUCAGGGAGUAGAUUGCCUCGUGGCUCCAUAUGAAGCUGAUGCGCAGUUGGCCUAUCUUAACAAAGCGGGAAUUGUACAAGCUAUAAUUACAGAGGACUCGGAUCUCCUAGCUUUUGGCUGUAAAAAGGUGAUUUUAAAGAUGGACCAGUUUGGAAAUGGACUUGAAAUUGAUCAGGCUCGGCUAGGAAUGUGCAGACAGCUUGGGGAUGUAUUCACUGAAGAGAAAUUUCGUUACAUGUGUAUUCUUUCAGGCUGUGACUACCUCUCAUCACUGCGUGGGAUUGGAUUAGCAAAGGCAUGCAAAGUCCUAAAACUAGCCAAUAAUCCAGAUAUAGUAAAGGUUAUCAAGAAAAUUGGACAUUAUCUCAAGAUGAAUAUCACAGUACCAGAGGAUUACAUCAAAGGAUUUAUUCGAGCCAACAAUACCUUCCUCUAUCAGCUAGUUUUUGAUCCCAUCAAAAGGAAACUUAUUCCUCUGAAUGCCUACGAAGAUGAUGUUGAUCCUGAAACACUGAGCUACGCUGGGCAAUAUGUGGAUGAUUCCAUAGCUCUUCAAAUAGCACUUGGAAAUAAAGAUAUAAAUACUUUUGAACAGAUCGAUGACUACAAUCCAGACACUGUGAUGCCUGCCCAUUCAAGAAGUCAUAGUUGGGAUGACAAAACAUGUCAAAAAUCAGUUAAUGUUCGUAGCAUUUGGCAUAAGAAUUACUGUCCUAGACCAGAGUCGGGUGUUGUUUCUGAGGCUACAAGAUUGAAGCAGAAUCCAAGUACUGUGGGAGUUGAACGAGUGAUUAGUACUAAUGGGUUAAAUCUUCCAAGGAAAUCAUCUGUUAUGAAAAGACCAAGAAGUGAAGAGCUGUCAGAAGAUGAUCUGCUGAGUCAGUAUUCUCUUUCAUUUACGAAGAAGACCAAGAAAAAUAGCCGUGAAGGUGAUAAAUCACUGAGCUCUUCAGAAGUGUUUGUGCCUGACCUGGUAGAUGGACCUGCUAACAAAAAGAGCUUAAGCACUCCACCUAGGACAAGAAAUAAAUUUGCAACAUUUUUACAGAGGAAAAAUGAAGAAAGUGGUGCAGUUGUGGUUCCAGGGACCAGAAGCAGGUUUUUUUGCAGUUCUCCAAAUUCCAUUGACUCUGUAUCAAACAAAGUGAGCUGCCUGCCUCUGGAUGGAACUGCUGUCACAGUUAGAGAAAACAGUCUGCAUGAAUCAGAUUAUCGAGACCAGGAAGGCGAGGGACAGUUUGACACAAAUGUAACAUAUAAUUCAAGUGAUGAUCUUCCAAGUGAUGACAUUCCAAGUGAUCACAUUCCAAGUGAUGACAUUCCAGACAAGGCAACAGUGCUUACAGAUAAAGAGUCCUCCUCUUUCCAGAGAAGCAGAUUCACAAGGACCAUUUCACCACCCACUUUGGGAACACUAAGAAGUUGUUUUAGUUGGACUGGAGGUCUUGGAGAUUUUUCAGGAACACCGAGCCCCUCUCUGAGCACAGCACUGCAGCAGUUUCAAAGAAAGAGCAACUCCCCCACCUCUCUGCCUGAGAAUAAUAUGUCUGACGUGCCUCAGUUAAAGAGCUACGAGUCCAGUGAUGAUGAGUCCCAUCCCUCACGAGAAGGGGCCUGUUCUUCACAGUCCCAGCAAAGUGGAGAAUUAUCACUGCAGAGUUCAAACACAUCAAAGCUUUCUCAGUCCUCUAGUAAGGACUCUGAUUCCGAGGAAUCUGAUUGCAAUAUUAAGUUAUUUGACAGUCAAGGUGACCAGACUUCCAAGCUACAUUUAUCUCAUUUUUCAAAAAAAGACACCCUUCUAAGGAACAAGGUUCCUGGGCUAUAUAAGUCUAGUUCUGCAGACUCUCUUUCUACAACCAAGAUCAAACCUCUAGGACCUGCCAGAGCCAGUGGGCUGAGCAAGAAGCCAGCAAGCGUCCAGAAGAGAAAGCAUCAUAAUGCUGAGAACAAGCCGGGAUUACAGAUAAAACUCAAUGAGCUCUGGAAGAAUUUUGGAUUUAAAAAAGAUUCUGAAAAGCUUCCUUCUUCUAAGAAGCCCCUGUCCCCAGUCAGGGAUAACAUCCAGCUGACUCCAGAAGCGGAGGACGAUAUAUUUAACAAGCCUGAAUGUGUUCGCGUUCAAAGAGCAAUGUUCCAGUGAGUGCAGACGGCUGUGCGGCUUCUGCCCUCGAGAGAACCGGAUCAAUCUGAAGUCCCUGUUCGGGAAUGAGACGCUUAUCAGCCUAAAGGAUUUUUUCCUUAGUCCUGUGCCGUUUUAAAAAUAGAAUACAUUUUAUAUAUUAACUU